CUUAUCCUUUCCCAGGAAGGAAGAAGCAACAAAACGAUCUAGGGCUUGUAGUCGUUUUGAGCUGUGCACUAACAGAAACAUUACUUCUUCUAAAUUAAUUCAAGAAGAAGAACCAAGCUCAGACUUCCUUCCGUACAGCCUGAGCCGAACAGGUCAGAGACAUGGAGUCUCGAAAAGAGAGACUGGUAAAUCAAUCUAAGAAGAUUGUGGAGAGUGUAAACGCAAUGUCGUUGAUAAAUUUAGAUGAGCAACAAGUUCAUUCACUCAUGAUGAUUAGAGAAAUAGCACGAGGAAUUAUUCAUAACAGAGUUGAAAGGGUUACCCGGGAUGACCUGAAAAAUACACUCAGCUCUAGUAUUGAAAAGAUGGUGGGUUCGUGCAAGGAUGUGAAUAGCAUUUUGAGUAAGAUACCCUGCGAAGGUAUGGAUCGAGAUCAGACACAGUCAGUGUCACAAAUGAAAGCAAUAGUGUCGACGAUUGUGACUAAACGAGCUAAGCUUGCAACUACUCGGCAUUCUGAACCUGUUGAAUCAGUUAGGAAUGGAGUUGAUGUAGAGACAGUGGAGAGUGAGGUGGUACUAAAAGAUAUAGAUGCUGAAGGGAUUGAAAAGUGCUUACUUGAAAAUGAUACUCAUGAACAGCCAACAGCUGAAGGCUCCUCUUCUUCUGAAGCUAGCUUUGGAGCUUGGAUGAGCUCUAGGGUCGACUUUGAGGCUUUGGGGAUUCCUAAUCCUCCUUCCUGGAGCAUUCAUAUGGUGGGUGACGCUGGUGUUAUCAAAGAUGUCCAAAUUCCAAGGGCACCUGCAGGCAUUGUGGUGGAAGGACUGCCUCUAUCCUCAUAUUUGCCGGAACCUCACAAGACUGCAUUUGAGUAUCUCCUAGAGCUUAUUGCUGCUUUGAAGCAUAUGGUUUCAACAGGACAGGGGACCGAGAAUGGGGCUUAAUAACAUUGAGGUUGAUUGCUGCUACAUGACAAGAUAAAAGAUGACCAUUGUCGAUUGCUGCUAACAAAAUGACAGGAUCUGUAUUAACUCCCCUUUUUUUUUUCUUGGAAGCUGUUGCAAUCGCUUACAGUAUUCGUUAUUAAAAGUGAUUAGAUCAUAAUUUCAAGAAUUGGCGUAUUGCCCUUGAAUGAACAUCGUAUCUGGAUAAUUCUGGUUUUUUGUAUAUGAUCUUGUGCAAAAUGUAAUGAAAAAAAAGUGUAAAUCCUAAAAUUGGCAAAUUUUAUAGCAAUAUCUUUUUAUUUAAAAGAUAAUUUUAGUUUCCUAUUAUUAUAAUGUUUGGAAUAUUACUUUCCCAUUAUUGUGAUUUUCGGCCUAUUAUAAAUGGAACAAUGUAUCUUAGUUAUAUAAAGCAAAUAUUCUAUACUUACUCCAAAUAUUUGUCUUUUAUUUUUUGUGCAGCUCAAGGUAAUAGACUUCAGGAAACUAAAUCUUUGAAGUAAUUAAUGUUAUUUCUAUCUUGAGCAAUUUGAUAUGACGCAGGUAUUAGCUGUCCCCGCUGAAUCCGUAUCUGUCGAAUCAGAAUUAUCUAAAAAUGACAAUUCUUCAUCAAUCAAGAAUAUCUUCAAAUAUUCUUGCAUUUAUUAGGAAAUUAUUUCUCUAUCUUUCUAAGCACGAAAUGGACUCUAUAAAUAGGCUUCUAAGGCAUUGAGAAAAAGUGAACUCAUUGGUGCAUAAUUUGUGAGUGUAUUGUAAUAUUUGUGAGAGUUCCUUAUUUGUAUUCAAGAUUAUUGUAUUCACGUAAUCUUGUAGAAAAAUGAGUUUAGUUUCUGUGGUGAGUUUAUACCACGUUCAUGAGUGAAUAUACAUUGUAAUUUGAACACAACUUUUAUAGUCUUCAGGAGGAUUUUUACAAGACUUGCGUCGGGAGGAUGCAAGCACUCGCUGACCAUUGAAUGGAGUUCAAGUGGUUGAGCGUUUCAAUCAAGAUCAGAUUAGUGAAGAGAAGUACAACAAAAUUUCGACAAAUCUCAAGAAGGAAUCUUGUUUUGUUUAAGUCAAUAUUUUGUACUUGUGAUUCUUAAUUAAUUGGUUUUAUUCUCUGGACAUGGCCCCAAGGAGUAGGUUAUCCGAAA